AAAAAACGAUGUGAGAGGGAGGGGGGGCUUUCCACUUUGUGCGUGUGUGGCACUCAGUUUUCUAGGAAACUGGCGAAAAUGGACGUUGCGUGCGGCUGCGUUGGAAGGCUUUUUAACUGAACGAUGGGACGUGUGCGGUCAGGUCAGCGAACAUGCACCGAGGAGCUGGACGACGUGUCUGCGCUGAAGCCACGGACGCGAUGCUAGCUAGUUAACGCUAGCUAGUCUUUGAUGUUUAGGCUCGCUCCCCCCGACAUUUAGCAUUGAUGCUGUUAUCAUGUCUGAGGAGCUCGCUUCUUUGUCGUUUUCGUCUGACAUGUUUAGCUACUGAAGUCAAAUUGUCAUCUUUAUGAGGUGACACCUAAGAGUCUGUCGUACAUUAGUUAGCGGAUCUUAGAUCGGAACGCUAGCUAUUAGCAUUAACCGUAGCCGAAAUUAGUUAAGCUAAUUUACAAAGCAGUGCCUCUGGAGCGUAACGGUGUAUUUAACACAGCAGGUUCUGUUGAGAUUUUAGACAGCAACUGAGUCUAUUUUAAUUUUAUUGUAUUAUUAUAGUUAUAGUAAUUUUAAGUUGCUUUUCUUGGACCAACUAGAAAAGCAACUUAUAAAGGUGGCUACAACGUUACACUUAGGUCCAGCCGAAUUUGAGACUAUAACUAAAGUUUUUAUAUUAGGAAAUGUUGCAAUUUGCAGUUCCAGGUGGCCUCGAUUGAAUAUACUAUUAAACUAAUAUUAGAUACGUAAUAACGACUAUAUUACACAUUGACCAACUAAACUAAGGUGACAAUGUUGGGUCACUAUUGUGUCAGGUUUAUCACAUUGCUUUGACUAAAAUGUGCACAGGCACAUGGGGAGGAGACCUGGCACAUGUUCAAUGCUCUGUAGAGUAGCAGCGUUUUUCCUCAAGUGUAACUCACAGCUGGCAGACAUGCGUCUUUCCUCGUUGCUGGCUCUGUUCAGGCCUGCGUUACCCCUCAUCCUCGGGCUGUCCCUGGGAUUCAGUCUCAGUCUUUUGAUGGUGUCCUGGACACAAGGGGACAGUGAUGACUCCUGUGGGGAUGGACUGGGAAACGGCAGGCUUUUCCUGGGCAUAAGAGAGUCCAAUAGGGACUCGAGGGUCGGAGUGGGAGACGAUGACUUCCAGCCACGUAUAGUGCCAUAUCACAAAGAUCCGAACAAGCCACACAAAAAAGUCCUCAGAACUCGAUAUAUCCACACUGAGCUGGGCAUCAGGGAGCGACUGCUGGUGGGCGUGCUGACCUCUCGGGCAACUCUGAACACGCUGGCUGUGGCGGUAAACCGCACAGUUGCCCAUCAUUUCCACCGCACUUUCUUCUUCACAGGCUUACGCAGCCCCAAGGUGCCUCAUGGCAUGACUGUAGUGGCACACGGCGACGACCGCCCGGUGUGGCUAAUGUACGAGACAGUGCGUCACCUCCACCAGCACUACGGCUCGGACUACGACUGGUUCUUGUUAGCCCAAGAUGACACUUACAUGCAAGCAGAUCGCCUCUCGGAGCUGGUGGGCCACCUCAGCGCAGGCCAGGAUCUGUAUAUGGGCAGGGCGGAGGAGUUCAUUGGCGGGGAGGAGAAGGCACGGUACUGUCAUGGGGGUUAUGGCUACCUGCUGUCUCGUAGUCUGCUGGCCCGACUGCAGCCUCAUCUUGACACCUGCCGUAAUGACAUUCUCAGCGUGAGACCUGAUGAGUGGCUGGGACGAUGCAUUAUUGACUACCUGGGUCUCAGCUGUGUGGAGGUGCACCAGGGGAUGACCUACUAUUACUUUGAGCUUGGGAAAAAUGCCGAUCCAGAGCGAGAAGACAGUGCAGAGUUUAAAAACGCCUUCACAGUUCAUCCUGUAUCAGAACCAAAUCUCAUGUAUCGCCUGCACAAGCGCUUUAGCCAGAUUGAGCUGGAAUGGACCUACCUGCAGAUCCAGCAGUUGCAGAUGCAGAUCAACAACCUGAGCGACCUGACACCAGAGGGCAAGGCUGGUGUGACGUGGCCCAUCGGAAUCAACCCUCCCUUCAAACCAAAAGUCCGUUUUGAGGUCAUAAACUGGGAGUACUUCACAGAGGAGCAUAUUUACACGUGCGUCGACAGCUCUCCGAAGUGUGAGAUUAAAGGGGCCGACCGCACUGAUGUAAAUGCGGUUCUGGAGAUUGCGGUGGAGCGCCUGAACAAGCUCUACCAGCCACAGCUACGCUUCCGUAAACGGCGGCUGCUCAACGGCUACCGGCGCUUCGAUCCCACGCGCGGAAUGGAGUACAUGCUGGAUCUGGCGCUGGAGGCCUACACCCAGAAAGGCCACAGUCAGGUCAUUGCAAAGCGGGUCAACCUGUUGCGACCUCUAAGUGCAGUUGAGAUUAUCCCCAUGCCUUAUGUGACUGAGGCAACACGGGUGCAGGUCAUCCUCCCUGUCACUGCCCAGGAACAGGACUAUGUUAGCAACUUCCUUGACGUGUAUGUGAUGAACACUCUAGACACCCACGAUAACGUUUUACUCACAUUUCUGUUCAUAUACGAUCCGUUUGAUGCACAGCGAGUCAGCCAGACUGACGUGUUCGCAGGCAUCAAAGCCAUGAUCGGGGAGGUGGAGAAACGCUACGGAGACGUGAAGAUCCCCUGGAUCAGCGUGAAGACGGAGGUGCCCUCUCAGGUGAAGCUGAUGGACAUCAUCUCCAAGAAGCACCCAGUGGACACGCUGUUCUUUCUCGCCAGUGUUUGGACAGAGGUCAAUUCCGAGUUCUUAAACCGCUGUAGAAUGAAUGCCAUCAGCAACUGGCAGGUCUUCUUCCCCAUCCACUUCCAGGAGUACAGCCCUGCUGUCAUGUACCGCGACCAGCAGCCCUCCGCUGCCUCCUCCUCUUUCGCCUCGGAGUCGCUGCGAGACGGCCACUUUGACCGUCACAUCUUCGACGAGGCCUGCUUCUACAACGCCGACUACAUGACAGCGCGGACCAAGAUGGCCGCCGACAUCUUGGACAACGAGGAGCUGCUGGAGAGCAUGGACGUGUACGACAUCUUUGUCCGCUACUCUGGCCUGCACGUGUUCAGAGCGGUGGAGCCGGCGCUCAUCCAGAAAUAUGUACGGCGAAUGUGCAACCCGCGUUUCAGCGAGGAUAUCUACCACCGUUGUGUGCUCAGCAACCUGGAAGGUCUAGGGUCACGCUCACAUCUAGCCAUGGCUCUGUUUGAACAGGAGCAGGCAAACAGCACCUAGAGGCCUGGAGUCAACACUUCACACAUGCUGCGCAGAUUAAAGGACGCACACAGAAAGAAAGCUAAUGAUAUUGUACCUUCACACACUGUAACAUGUAUGUUUGGACUCUUUAAGAGAUCAGAUGUGUGGAAGCUGCCUAUGUACUGUACAAGCCUUUAACUUUGACUGUCUGAAUGUGAACUGUUGACAUUCACAGAAUACAGAGGUGUUACUUAUAUUCCUGCCGUUACUGUACUGUGGUCUCACAGGAGCUGUGGAACAAUAUUUAUACACCAGUAAAUAAAAACCUUCUUGACAUAA